AUGUCAGAGACAGUCAUCCCCACCACCGUCCCGACCGUCACGGGCCGGGAGAUGGCCGCCAUCCAGGAUGCCCUCACGACGCGCACCCUGACGGGCAAGGGCAAAUACACGGCCCUCUGUCAGAGCUGGCUGGAGUCCUCGAUGCCCGACGGGGGCAAGGCCUUCGUGCUGACCUCGUGCACCUCGGCUCUGGAGAUCGCGGCCCUGCUGGCGGACCUGCAGCCCGGCGACGAGGUGAUCGUGCCCAGCUACACCUACGUGUCCACCGUCAACGCCUUUGUCGUGCACGGGGCCGUGCCCGUCUUCGUCGACCUCGACGACGCCACGAUGAACGUGGACGUGCGGCUGAUCGAGGCGGCCAUCACGCCGCGCACCAAGGCGAUCGUGCCGGUGCACUACGCGGGGAUCGCGUGCGACAUGGACGGCAUCAUGGCGCUGGCGGCGCGGCACGGGCUGCUGGUGGUGGAGGACGCGGCGCAGGCGUGCGGCGGAACGUACCGGGGCCGGCUGCUGGGCACCAUCGGCCACCUGGGCUGCAUCAGCUUCCAGGAGAAGAAGGUCUUCACCAGCGGCGGGCAGGGCGGCGCCCUGCUGGUCAACCAGGCCUCGCUGGCGGCGCGCGCGGAGACCAUCUACGAGCACGGCACCAACCGCGGCCAGUUCCUGCGCGGCGAGGUCCCCGUCUACCACUGGCUGGACGUCGGCAUCAAUGCCACCAUGAGCGAGAUCCAGGCCGCCUUCCUGUACCCCCAGCUGCAGGCCGCCCCGGACAUCCUGGCCCACCGCCGCCACCUCUGGGCCCGCUACCACAAGCGCCUGGCCCCGCUGGUGCAGGCCGGCGUGCUGCGCCUACCCGUCGUGCCCGAGGGCGCCGUCCACAACGCCGCCGUCUUCUGGUUCCGCCUGGCCGACGCCGCCCGCCGCCAGGCGUUCAUCGCGUACAUGGCCGACGGCGGCAUCGUCACCCAGCCCCAGUUCGUGCCCCUGCACUCCUCCCCCUUCGGCCAGCGCGUCGGCCGCUUCGUCGGCGAGGAUCGCGUCACCACCCGGGCGGCGGCCGAGGUCGUGCUGCUGCCCCUGUACUCGGACCUGGCCGUCGAGCAGCAGGAGCUCGUCAUCGCGCGGGCGCUGGCGUUCUGGGACGGGGUGACGCUGAAGGCGUGA